AUGGAUGGAUUUGCACGUUGCAAAUGGUUGAGGGGUCAAAACUCAGCGGUCACACACACACACACACACACACAAACACACACACGACCAACCAAAUGGCCACACCACACACACUGCACGAAACCGCAGUCAAGACAGACAGACAAGCACAGCCUGCCUACGAAGGACGUACGGCACGGCACUGCACACAAAGGCAAGGCAAUGCGUUUAUUCACUUUUCCGUCCCCCCGCCCACACAGCUCACAUAACACACACCACACACACACACACACACAGAAUGAGCACAAAAGACAUACACGACGACACUUUUUUUAUCUACCGGCGGACCGUUUCCCUCUCUGCAGCCCAGCCCACGCACAAUCAGUAGCUGCGUACAACGGACAGCAUCAGGGCUCGCUCGCUGCCAUGCCCUGGCUGGCCUGCCUGGUGGGGUGCGUCCAGCCCAGCCGAACAAAAAAAGCUGUAGGGGAAUACUACCUACCUGUCAGGCUCUGUGACAGAGCUACACUGAUGAAACACUUGUCUAGAAGGGCACCGACACACACGGACACUGAGACACGCAGCGACAGGUCGCCCGACAACCCGCUUGAAGGAAGGCACAAGUUUCCUCUUCUCACAUCUCAUCUCCCCCCCCACACAUCACACACACAUCUGCCCUGGUGCUCCCUCCUCUACCCUUGUUCGGCCACACAGUCAGUGACAGAAACCACAUGUCGAAUUGUACACCAGACCAGACAAGACCUGCUCAGCUCAGCUCAACUCACCACCACUUGUGCCCUCUGUGCCUGCUGUGAUGCCCGUGGUGGCCGUGGUGGCCGUGGUGGCCAUGGUGGCCAUGGUGGUGCUUCGGCCACGGCCAGACUGGGUGGAUUGGGCCCGGGGGAGGGCGAGGGGGAGGCGUCCAUGUGAGCACCUUGAAGGCCGCGAGGGCGUCAACGAAUCCGUGGCCUGUCCGGUAGUCGAAGCCGACCUGAAACCCGGGGAGAAUGGGAUCUGCACACAGCCAACAAAUAUAAGAGUCGAUCCUACACAUCGUGUCAGUCACUGACGGACGCCACGCACCGUCCAUCUUUUCUGCCUGGAGGGAAGCAGCAACGGACACACAGACCCAAGAGACACAGAGGGACCAGGUGUUUCUGUGCGUGUGUGGAGGUCUGUGUGGGGGUGGGGGUGAGCAUACUGUGUAUGUCAGGAGGCGCCUGAGGCCGUAUGGCGACAAGAGCGGCUUGUUGUCCAUGAGCAGCUUGUCGAGGAUCAACGCUGCUAGCCCACACACGUGAGGCGCCGACGCACUUGUGCCGUAGAAAUCUGAGAGAGAACAGUCGUGUGGUCGCCAGCCAGCAUGGCAUGCAACUCUGCCCUCUCUCUCUCUCUCUUUUUGUCAUGUCAGGCAGGGGUCCACCUACUUGGAUAGGUAUCAUUCUCGACGUUGGCACGCUCAGACAUAGACCCAAAGAACAUCGUGUUGGCGCCAUCUUUGCAAGGGGACACACACACGCACGAAGAGAGGGAGCCCAAGAGCCAAUCAUUGUGUCAAUCGCACGUGGUGUGUCGGUGAGUCACCUGGUCCUGUCACGUCGGGUUUGUAGAGGUCAAGGGGGUGGUCGAGUCGGGUGCCAUUGUUGUCAAAGAGGAUCAAACACCCCCCUGCGCCAGCACAUACAUACAUACAGGCGUAUGCAUCAGUAGACCGAUCUACUGCCCGAUUGGAUUGCCGCCCCCCCCCCCCCAACACACAUGCACACACACAGAGCACGCCUGACCUCUGGAUGAGUAGAGAUUCACUUGUGUGUGGAGGGAGCAGACGGGAGCGACUCCACCCCAAUUGUUGUUCGUUGUCCGCGAGGUUGCGUCACUGGCGCACAGGAAGUUACUCGCGUUGUAGUAGGCUGCCGCCCCGACUGACGUGGCGCCAUGAGUGUUGGAAUGACUGACGACACACACAGAUACACUUCUCUCCCUCUCUCUUUGGUUGUUUCUGCUUCUCUCUCUCUCUCUCUCUCUCCGCCUUGGUCUCCGUGUGUGUGUGUGUGUCAUCGGCGUGUGUGCGUACCCCCAAGCAGUCGCUCCGAAGAAGUCCGGGUCUGUCGGGAGACGAAAGAAAGGCCGACAAGACAGAGAGACAGACAGACAGACAGACAAGAGAGAGGGGGCGGGAGGGCGUGUUGCAAAGAGACCACCGAGACCAUGCCAAGAGUACCCCUGUUGUGUUGAUUACCUGGGUACGGCCGUCUGAACCAUAUCAACGAAAUCCGGGUGGGAUUGGUUAUCGCCUCGUUGCUGCAGGCAUUAGAGCAGAGAGGACGGACGCCAAAGAACGAACACACAAGAGUCAAACCCACCCACAUGUUUGUCGGCAUGCGAAUCCGUCGCUCAGUCAUUCCCUCACCCCUCCUCGUCCUUGAUGAUGGCUUUGCCGAUGCGCAGAAUGAACUUCUCGCCAUAGCCGGGAAGGUUCUGUCCCACAACGAUACCAUACCAACCCAAUCAGCACAUGGAGACGUAACGCUGACGCUUCCCAAUCACUCACUCACCUGGAAGCCGAUAAAUUCUGUGGGGUCGCCGGGUAGCUUGAGGCUCUCCUCCGCACCUCCAAUGCCCUCGAAGCUGGCGGCAAAGGGCUCCCCGUCCCUGAUGCCAUUCAUAUGACAAGACCAGGCACACACCAGACAGGCAGACGAUGGACGGAUGGGCGGACGAGAGAGAAGGGGGCAGGCGGCUUACUUGGUGAAGAUGAAAAUGUCCAAGUCACACUGGCUCCCGAGGGGACCUGCACGCACCCGUGCCGUGCCGACAGUGAGGGCGACAGUGAGGGAGAGGGGCAAGGCAUUAAAAGCUCCCUGAUGCUGCUGGUGCUGCUGCUGCUGCUGCUGCUGCCACAGGCAGGCAUCUGACCGUGCACUGAGAAGUAUGGCUCGUCCCAGUUGAGGACUCCAAUCUGUGUAGCGUCCUCAGGCAUGGUGAAAUGGUAGUCGAUGGAGCCCGUCUUGCUGCAAGCAAGACACACAGACAGACGAACACGCGGAGGGAGGUACCUCCCCGUGUGUGUGCGUGUGUGUGUGUGUGUGUGUGAGAGAGAGAGAGAGAGAGAGAGAGAGGUCACCUGAACCAGUGCCACUCGUACUCGAUGGCAACCCCGAAGCCGAAAUUGAUAAUGUCCCUGACGCCCGACGCAUUGUAGUAGUCUUGAAGCGCUGAGUCGCCGUUGUUGCCAGCAGAGGAGAAGUAGUGCCUUCCCUUGGAGGUCACCUCGUCCACCGCCUGGGCUAUGAUCUGACGGGGAGAGUUGACACCGACACACCGACACACUUGCCAUCGUCAGUCGCCUCUCCUCUGCUGAGCUGCGAUCAGUGUCAGGGUUGGCGCCCUUACGCCAUGAGCAAACAUCGGCUCCGCAAAGUAGAUGAUGUCGUCGACGAUCACCUCGCAGCCGAGCUCGGCCAGGUCCAAAAUGCCUGGGACAUACACACACACACACACACACAGGCGCAUCUACAUGGAUGGAUCGAUGGAUGGAUGGACAGCUCGGCCUCUGCUACCGACCGUGGGCGAAACUAGCCUGCGAACGAGAGACAACAGAGUACGUGGUACGUCUCAGUGAAUCAGUGUCAGCAGCAUUACCAUGCCAUUGAAGGCCGAAUGAAAGGCGAAUUUCUUUGCGCCAGGACACACAUCAUAACUGGGGUGUGACAGCAACACAGGCAGAGUGAGAGAGAGAGAGAGAGAGAGAGAAAGGGAUGCCUCCACAAAUGUCACGUGGCCGCUCGUUGUGUCGUUCCUCACGCACUCACGUCAGCUCCAUCAUGCCUCUUCCCUCGUCCGUGUAGCCGUCCUCCGGGCCCAAUCCCUCGGACAGCACCUCCACAUCCUGCGGCAGGUCCCCUUGUGCGUACAGAAUCUUCGCCUUGUCCUGCCUGUCGAACGAGUCCGACAUGAAUCCGAUGCCUGAAACACAACACACAUACACACACACACACAUAGGGAAGCCUGCAGCAGUGGCUUGGCCGUUCUGUGUCCAUCUCAGGUCUUACACGAGAGCCUGGAGGCGUCGACCCCGUAGAGCUUCCGCACAGCGUCUGUGUUCAUCGCGUGAUCGCCUUGUGACCACACCUUGCCCGCCAGGGGACGCGCAAUGGUGCUGUUCUGCUGACGCUGAGGCAGGUCGUCCGGCAGGUCGCCCGGCCGUGUGGGGAUGACGCGCAUUUGUGAGGCCCGGAGCACCCGAAUCCCUUGUAUCCUCGUGAUGAAGGCGAUCUUGUCGACUGGCAGCCUCGCAGACACGAUUCGCUGAAAACGGCUGAUGCCCGUGAGACCCAAAGAAGUGAGCUUCAAGAUGAGGCCCUCGAUGCCGCCCGGUUCCAGCUGCGACUCGUCGAUGGCCAUGUCCACAAGAAUCCCCUCCGAGGACACCUGUGUGGCGGUGUCUUUGGCGAACUUCCGCAGCGUGGUCUCGUUGCGGAAGAGGCCCCGAUAGGUCUGGAAUGUCAAGCCGAGUGUCAGCCGCGUGUCGCUGUUGUCGGCGCUGAACGGGUCGUCCCUCGCGAGUGCCGCCGACACGCCCUGCCGUCGGAGGUCGAACAUCCGCUGCUCGACGUGGUGGAAGUGCAGCCGAUAGAGCACUGUGUCGAGCUGAAUGUUGGCGGGCUUGAAGAGCCGGCGAGCUGUGGCGGUGAUGGACUUGACCAGCUGCGCGUACUUGACGUCCACAGCACCUGCAGGCAACACCCACCACACGAGCAGCCAGAAAGCGCUACCAGUCUGCCUGUCUGCCCUCUUUCUCCUUACUCGGCUGAUCCCGUUGUUCUUCGUCGUCCAGGUCAGUGUCGUUGCCUCCGCGGGUGUUGGGCUGCUCCACCCACAGCUCUGCCUGGGCGUCUUCAAGCUGCCCCUCACAUUGCCAGAUCAGAAGGGCGAAGGUGAGAAGCAGCGAAGCCGGCACGCCCCACAUCGUUCACUCAAGCUCUCACGCCCCCACCCAACGGCUAGAGUGCCAAGACGACGCGAAAGAUUGACGUGCUUGGCCAGCAGCCUAAACACGCACGUGUCGUC